AUGAACAUCAGCGCAGCCAUCUCCCGGCCCGUAAGAAACCAGAACGAUCUGACCACCUCCGAGCAUAUGCAGUACGAAGUCGCCGGCGAAGCGAACGACAUCGUAGCGAAUGUCUUGCACACUUCUCCGGACGGGAGAUGCCUCAAAGAGAUCCUCACAGGCCAUAUGGACAUUGCCUCCACCCAGCUUUGGGAGCAGACAAUUCGUGGUAUGAGAAUCCAGAACGAAAUCUACAGCUGGGACUGCCAGGACUAUGUGAUUGAGAUGAUUGAUACUUUGGAGAACGUGGGCCUCCUUGGCUCAUUUGAGAACUAUACAGCGGUCAAGAACAGGAUAUUGCAGAUGCGUGGGACUAUUGAGGAGACGUAUCGACUAGUCAGGGACUAUGAUCCAGCUACGCUUGAGGCAGAGGAUGAGCAUUCUGAUGUCCAGACGAGCGGCGAGUCAGAGGACAGUCUACCGCAGCAUGUCCGCUCUGAAGAGCUCAUCGUGGACUCGGACGAUGAAUACGACUGA